GGAGAGAAGUAUGAUCCGCCAGAAAGUGAACCUGCACACCCGAGGUGGCUCAGCCUCUGCCGGUCAUGCAGGCCGGAGAACCCCAGGGCCCGACAGUGGCCACCGACUCAUCCCCCUGGAGAGACGCCGCGCUCGAAUUAUGUGCUCCGGGACACGCCGGCGUGUUCCUCCUGAGCGGGGUGACAGUCCUCCUGUUGGCCGCAGUCUACAAGCUGCUGUCCGGCCCGCUGGAGCUCCUCAAGGCGCCCGAAGACGUGGGCUACUUCGCCCAUGACGGCCGCUCUAAAGCCCGCGCCGCCAACGACACGCGCCGCCGCAGGAAGACCGGAGACCUGCCCCCGGUCUACCCCAACGGCUGGUACCGAAUCGUGGACUCCCACAUGCUCCGGAAAGGAGAAGUCAGAGAUGUGACCAUGCUUGGUGAGCAGCUGGCGGUGUUUCGAGGCGAGGACGGGAAGGCCUACGUUGUGGACGCCUACUGCCCACACCUGGGUGCCAACCUGGCUGUGGGUGGACGUGUCGUGGGGAGCUGCAUCGAGUGUCCAUUUCACGGAUGGCAGUUUCGGGGCAACGAUGGCAAAUGUGAGAAAAUACCCUACGCUGAAAAAGUGCCGGAUUUUGCUGAAGUGACCGCCUGGCCCAGCUGUGAAGUUAACGGUCAAAUCCUGCUGUGGUUUCACUGCGAUAGAGAAGAGCCUCAGUGGACUGUUCCGGAACAGCAGGAGAUCACCAAGGGCGAGUGGGUCUAUCGCGGCCGAACGGAACAUUUUGUCAACGCGCACAUACAGGAGAUUCCUGAGAACGCCGCAGACCUGUCUCACCUGUCUCACCUGCACACGGCGAGUAUCCUCAGCGGAGCCGACCUGCGCUACACCAACAUGGACCGCUGGCAGUUUGUGCGACAUUAUUGGAAGGCUGAGUGGGCACCAGAGAAGAUCCCCAACAAUCAUUGUUCUCAGAUGCUCGUGGAACAUGCUCUUUAUGUGUGUGGACGCCAUUGGUCAGUGUUGGAUCUGCGUGUUGUUGCUCGACAGGUGGGACCAGGACUGGUGUUCAUGCGCUUCAACCACAGCUUCUUAGGCUCUGGCGUGGUCAUGCAGAGUGUGACACCAGUGGAGCCUUUGUUGCAGUGUGUCACACACACCAUCUUCUACCAGGCCAACAUUCCCGCCCUGGUGCCCAAAUUCUUCCUCAAAGCAGAAUCCAUUCAGUUUGAGCGGGAUGUGAUGGUGUGGAACAACAAGCGGUACAUCGCCAAGCCUCUGCUGGUGAAGGAAGACGCUGCCAUCCAGAAACACAGACGCUGGUACGCUCAGUUUUACAGCGAGAACAGCCCGCGGCUCCAAUUUCAGCGUGACACUUUGGACUUCUGA